GUCAGUGCGGGACAGACGGCUGACCAGUGAGUGUCCGGGACACAGACAGAUCAGGUGCCCAGGGGACGAUGGGUUUGACUCAUAUGCACGAAUUAUUUUAGUUGCAUUCCUUAUGCCUUCGCGUUGUUAUUAUUAUUACUAUUAUUGCCAAAUCUGCGGGGUUGAUGUGUAUAAACGCACAGUGUAGAUUUAAAUCCGCACAUUUAUUCACUUUCAUAUUCCAACUGGGCUGCACUGCACCUGAUGUCGGCAUAGGCACGCGUUUGCAAGGAUAAUCAUCUUAGAACUAGAACCAUGGAUGCAGUCAUUCAUGUUAUGAAUGACUCCGUAGAGUUUUAUAAAUGGAGCCUUACCAUAGCAGAUAAGCGUGUGGAGAAAUGGACGAUGAUGUCAUCCCCGCUCCCCACCUUGGGGAUCAGCGUUCUGUACCUGCUCUUCCUGUGGGCCGGGCGUUACAUGCAGACCCGGGAGCCCUUUCAGUUCAGAACAACCCUCAUUGUGUACAACUUCAGCAUGGUUCUGCUUAACUUCUACAUCUGCAAAGAGCUGCUCCUGGGCUCCAGAGCGGCUGGUUACAGUUACCUCUGCCAACCUGUGAACUACUCUAAUGAUGUGAAUGAAGUCAGGAUAGCGUCGGCUCUGUGGUGGUACUACAUCUCUAAAGGGGUGGAGUUUCUUGACACAGUGUUCUUCAUCAUGAGGAAGAAGUUCAAUCAGGUCAGCUUCCUGCACGUCUAUCACCACUGUACAAUGUUCAUCCUGUGGUGGAUCGGCAUCAAGUGGGUUCCUGGAGGGCAGUCCUUCUUUGGCGCUACAAUUAACUCAGGCAUUCAUGUGCUGAUGUACGGUUACUACGGCCUGGCAGCGAUUGGUCCAAAGAUCCAGAAGUACUUGUGGUGGAAAAAAUACCUCACCAUUAUUCAGAUGAUCCAGUUCCAUGUCACUAUUGGCCAUGCGGCCCAUUCCCUCUACACGGGCUGUCCAUUCCCAGCCUGGAUGCAGUGGGCUUUGAUCGGUUACGCCGUCACAUUCAUCGUCCUCUUUGGAAAUUUCUACUACCAAACGUACCGCCGCCAGCCACGUCUCAAACCAUCCAAAUCUGCUACCAAUGGCAUCUCCACGGCAACCAAUGGCACCAGUAAGGCACCAGAGGUGACGGAAAAUGGAAAGAAGCAAAAGAAAGGAAAGGCAAAGCACGAAUGAAAAAGGGAUGGAUUUGGAAGGAUCUGAUGAAGAGAUGAAACGCUGGGUACUGUGGGCUUCGAAAAGGGGACUGAUCUCACAACCUCUAUAUUCUGUAAUUGGUAAAAAGUCAUUUUUGUGAACUUGAUUGAAUGGUGAGCAUGUUUGGAGGGAGAUAUUUCAAACUAGGGACGUUUGUAAGAUUCGUAAGAAAGAGAAUUCCAAACUUGGAGCUGCAGUUUGAUUCAAACAUCACCAUGCAUUCCAGUUUGAUCCAAUCUAAUUUUCCUUGGCUUCCAGUGUGACAUCACUCUAAAAUGUUACAAAUGUUAGUGGUUCUCAAUCCUGGUACUCAAGGACCCACAGUCCUGCAUGUCCUAUGUGUUAAAUAAUGCAUGUCCUGCAUUAUUUAACACAACUGACUGAACUUUCAACUCAUUAAAGGAGCCUCCAAGGCUUUGAUCCUGCAUGGGAAAUCAGAUUUAUUUCUUAAAUAAUUUUUUUAUUAAGAGUUAUGCGUGGCCAGAUCUGAUUUGUUUUCUGCACAUAUUGAGUCUGAACGCUGACUUUAGAUUUCAUGCGUAUGCAAUCUAAAGUCAGCGUUCAGACUCAAUAUGUUUCCAUGCACAGUAAUAAUCGAGCUGUGCGAUUCUCACGAAACCUGACAAGACAAUGUCCCGAUCCAAUUUUAUUCCAAACUCAAGACAAACAAAUUAGAAAUAAUAUUUUGCUUAUAGAAAUUAAGCCUAUUUUAUAACCAUAAAUUAUUUUUGCAUUGCAACAUUAUUUUCAUGAGAGUUACACACAUUUUAGCCCUCAUUUCUCAUUACUGCAGUGCGAAAUAAGACAGUCCUUAUCAUAUUCUCAGUACUGCAACAUAAAAAAAAGAUAUACAUUAUUGUUUGAUUUGUAAAUUAUUUAACCAUCAAUGUAGUUUUCCCUUGGUUUUGCCUUUCAUUUGCUCUCAUUUUAAUUGAAAAUAAUAUAUAUAUAUAUAUAUUUAUUUUGUAAAACAGCAUUUUUUUUGUUUUGUUUUUGUAAUACAGUAAAAACAUGAGUGUUAUGGUAAUGAGAAUUCACAUUAAUAACAAUGGGAAUAAUGAAAGUAAAAUGUUUGAAUGUGUAGCGGUAAGGAAAAUUGGGGGGCCAAAAUGUUAUUAAGUGUUCCAAAAUAAAUGUCACAAUGCAAAAAUAAUCUUAAUGAGCCCAAAUGCAGGCUUUAAUUAUUUAUUCAAAAUAUUAUAUAUAUAUUAUACAUACUGUACAUACUGUAUUUUUUAUUGAUUUGGGGUUAAAUAUGACCAGGAUGUUUUCUUGAAAGGUUUUACAAGGUUAAAUUAUCGUUUUAGUUUUUAAUGUGCAUGUUUAUUUAAUCUCUGAGUCGCAUUGACAAAAAUCAGAUUUGAAUCCAAUUUCCAACCACCAACGUCAAUUGGAUUGGGCUUGAUCAGAUUUCACGUGUUUUUUCCCCUGUUAAAAACACAAAAAACUUAAUGGAUUUGAGUUGGAAAGAAAAAAACAAAAUUUUGAUGUGUCAGAAAAGGGAGACUAACGUGCAGACCAGAGCUAAGAACCACCAUCUUACGGUAUAACUAUCAUAAUAGCAAGCUACUUUGAGAUGUUUGAUUGCAUCUAAAGGGGCUGCAGGGGAGGAUACACUGUUUUUACACUUGUUUUAACCACAUAAUUACUGUUAAAUAUGCUUUUCUAUUAAAAAUGCAUCCACAGAAACCUAUAGCUUACUGUCAUUAUGGUCUUAUUUUAUCCGAGUUGCUGAUGGCACAGAAAUUCUUACGUACUGUAAAUGCCAGUAGCUUUGGACUAGUAUCCUCAAAUGCCUCUCCUCUGGUUUCAAUGGCUGCCAACUUUCUUGACACUCUUGAUCAGAUUUUUCUAAAUUAGGUAACUAAGGAAUCAGUGCCAUCAGUUUAAUCCCACAAACUAGGCUUCAUAGAAUAUAUUAGAGCACGGAGAACUAUUACUAUAGUGAAAUAAUGGUGUUUUUACCAAUAGGAGAUUUCUAAAGUGGCAGUAAAAUAUAAUAAUACAUGUUUCAACAUGUUACCAACUGUUCAGUUGUGCAGUUGGUGGGCUUAUACAUGUACGUCAGACAACUAAACAAUAUCGUUAUAUUCGUUUUCACCAGACAACGUCCUGAGACAGCAUACGGUAAUGAUGGCGUCACAGCAUUAUACUCAGGUAGUUUAACCUAUUUUUUGACCCGUAUGUAAAGUUGGACUGACUGUUUUUAAAACCAUGUCGUUUUAUGUAGUGUAUAGGUGCAUCAUAUUAAUUUUGCUAUUUGAAAGUUCACUGUGUUACCUCAACCCUUGAAGGUAGAAAACAGAACGAGUCUCCUAAAACAUGCCACCAUAACUAUACUCUAUUUUCUCAGCUGUAAACUGUUGCAGUAUGCUGUUUAUCUCUGUAUGAAUACUCACGAAUUCAAGCAGGUUCUUAUGCUCAGUGGAUGUAUUUCUGAUUUGCUAAUCAUCCUGUAUGCUACAAGAGAUUCUUAAAAAUGUCAGUUUCCUCUAAUAAUUCAAUGAUUAAACCAGCUGCUACAGAUUUUAAUGAAAUAAACAGGAU